AUGGCGAAAGCUUAUAUUAUGAUCACUAUGUCUUCUGCGUUGCAGCUGGAACAUCAGUCGUUGGAGACUACGGCUACAAUUAUGAGGAACCUCGAGGAGCUCUUUGGGGAAUCGGACCGAUCAGUCCGUUUUGUACUCAUGAGGAAACUCAUGUCUUCAAAUAUGACAGAAGGUUCGUCUGUGCGCGAGCACGUGCUUGGAAUGAUUAAUCAUUUCAAUGAGCUGGACGUGCUCGGUGGAAGAAUCGAGGAUGCUACUAAAGUAGACAUGGUUCUUCACACUCUGCCCAAAUCCUACGAAAACUUCCGACUCAAUGCUGUUUAUCUGAUGGGGAUGGUUGAUCCAUCUUUCGGUGGGUUGAACCAUCUUGCUGUAAUUGCUAUUGAGUGGUUUUCUUUGUCUUCAUGGUCGUUUGGUAGCAUGCCCUUGAAUCUUUUUGCUCGCCCCUGA